AUGGGAAACACCUGCUCCGAGCCUUCUGUGGGUGUGCUCGAGGUGGCCAUCCAGAAGGGCCUUCCCGCGCAGAAGAAGGCGGCAAGCCCCAGCGUCGCCAUCGUUUACUACUCCACGUACGGGCAUGUGAAGGUCUUGGCAGAUGAGAUCAAGAAGGGCUUGGAGGCCACGGGCACCAGUGCGGACCUCUUCCAGGUGCCAGAGACCCUGCCGCCCACAGCUCUUCAGGCUUUGGGCGCACCCGACAAGCCCGCUGACGUGAUGCUUCUGGAUCGUGCCUUCCUAUCGGAGCUGCCGAAGUACGAUGGGUUCAUGUUUGGAAUGCCCACUCGCUUCGGGAUGAUGGCCUCGCAGAUGAAGGCAUUCUUUGAUGGCACCGGCAGCCUCUGGCAGAGCGGGGCUUUGGCAGGGAAGCUUGGCGCCACCUUCGUCAGCACUGGCACACAGCAGGGGGGACAGGAGACCACGCACUUCACAGCAGUCACCCAGCUUGUGCAUCACGGCAUGUGCUACGUGCCCUUGGGAUACCAGGCGGGCGGCGACGGCCAGUUCGACCUGAAUGAGAUCCAUGGCGGCUCUCCAUGGGGCGCCAGCACCUUGGCCGGAGCGGAUGGCAGCCGCCAACCCUCAGCGCUCGAGCUGAAGAUCGCCAAGAAGCAGGGCGAGGUCUUUGGCAACGCCGUGAAGCGUACGACCACUCCGGCGGCGGCCAAGAAGCCCAAGGUCUGCGUCGUCUACUACAGCACGUACGGUCACGUGAAGAAGCUGGCAGACGAAAUCGCCGCCUCCAUGAAGGAGGAGGGCGUGACCGUGGAUAUGUUUCAAGCGCCCGAGCUUCUGGGUGCUGAUGUGCUCAAGAAGAUGGGUGCCCCUGCGAAGCCCUCGGACGCUGUCAUGGACCACACGAAGGUCCAGCAGCUUGCGGACUACGAUGGCAUCCUUUUCGGCAUUCCUACACGCUUCGGCAGUGCUGCAGCUCAGAUGAAGGCCUUCUUUGACAGCACGGGCUCGCUUUGGCAGAGCGGCGCGCUGGCCGGGAAGUUGGCUGGUAGCUUCUGCAGCACCGGCACCCUCAACGGCGGUCAGGAAUCAACCCACAUGACGACGCUGACCAACUUCGUGCACCACGGCAUGAUCUACGUUCCCCUCGGCUACCAGGCCGGAGGCGAUGGGCAGUUCGACAUGACCGAGAUCCACGGUGGAUCGCCAUGGGGCGCCAGCACCUUUGCUGGGGCAGAUGGCAGCCGCCAGGCCAGCGCCAUGGAGCUCAAGAUUGCGCGCCGUCAGGGAAAGGUCUUCGCAUCGAAGGUGAAGCAGAUGGUCAAGUGA